AUGAAUAUUCAAUUGUUUUUGAUCAAGUUUGGAGAGGAGUCCAACAAGCCAAUUAAAAAUUUGGUCUUGACAUCGCUGACGAUCACUCUCGUUUAUACAAUCUGCUCUACCAUAUACAAGAAGUAUGCUAAAGGCAAUGAUCCGUGGAAUCGCAAAGGAUUUAAAAAGAUACCUUCUCCACCAGAAAGAUAUCCGUAUAUUGGACACAUGUAUUCUCUGGGAGACUCGCCUUCUACAAAGCUUGACAAGUGGCAUGUCAAACAUGGACCAAUCCUGCAUCUCUAUAUGGGAAUCCAGCAUUGGAUCUUUGUUAGUGACCCUGUAAUUGCUCAUGAACUAAUGACUCGACACGGAUCAGUAACUUCAGACAGAUCUAACCACACUUUUGCCUUUGAAAUGUUCAGCAAAAACGGAAGUAGCAAAAGAUACUUAUCCAAGGCUGCUAGUGGAAUUUCAUUCAACAAGUAUGGCAAGAAAUGGAAAGACUCCCGUUCAGCAGUUCUUUCCAUAUUGUCGGUGCCAUACUUUGAUGCAGUUGCCGGGACCAUUGAGUCGGUAGCCGAUAAUGCCUGCGGUCAUUUGAAGAAGAUCACAGAGAAUGAAGGAUCAGUGGACCCAUUGGAAUAUAUUCAGAUGGCUACCUAUCACACAAUGAUAAAAGCCGUCCUUGGAAAGGAUGUCAGAAGCAUUGAUGAUACUGUACUAAAGGACAUCAUUUGGAUAACACACAAACUACUAAGAUAUGCCAGUCCCGAGGGUGAUAUUGAAUCCUUUCUUCCAAAGUUUUCAUGGUUUCGCGAACAGACCCAGCUUAAGAAGGAUAUGAAGAGCUUUGUUGAACUUCGAGACAAAGUUUACACUGAUUUGAUCAAAGAAGCAGUAGCAAAUAAUACAGAGUGUUGGAUUACCCGAGCGCAUGCACGCAAGAGUGAAUAUAAUUUGAAUGACAACGAUCUGAUAGUUAUUGCCAGUGACCUAGUCAGUGGUGGCGGGGAAAAUCCGUGCACUUCUUUGAUGUGGCUCUUUGCAGCACUAUCUCAAUACCCAGACAUCCACAAAAGAGUCUGUGCAGAAAUAGACAAUUUUGUAACCGAGAAUGGCCGUAUACCAAACUUUCUGGACAGACUAGACCUGCCUUACACAUGUGCCCUCUUGAAGGAGAAUCUUCGUUUCAGAAAUACUAGUAACUUUGGUAUUCCUCACCGUGUAACAAAAGACAUUGAGGCACUAGGAUAUUUUAUUCCUAAAGACUCAUUGAUUGUUAGCAGUAUGCAUGCGAUGCAUAUGAACUCAAGUGUAUAUAACAACCCGUACGAGUAUAUGCCCGAAAGAUUUUUGGGACACACAAAAACCUGGGCCGCUGAGUCCUACGGAAAGAUUGAUGAGCGAUUUCUAUUUAAUUUUGGAUGGGGAAGACGUAUCUGCCCAGGUCCUUAUUUGGCGGAAAUGACUAUAUUUAUUGUAGCCGUCCGUAUUCUCGCUCAGUUUCAUAUUGAGCCAACAGUUGAUGUAAAUGGAAAGCCAGAGUUUGUUGAUUUGAAUUCGUUUUCUAACAAGGGGUUCACUUUCGCACCGACCGAAUACAAAGUUAAAUUUGUUCCCAGAAGCAACAAUAAUCUACCUAAAGAUAGUGUAUAGUCUGUUCAUAAUUAAUCAUUACAGCUGAAUCCCAUAGGAUAAAUUAUAGUUUUUGGUAUUACUAUUUGUUUUUUAUAUAUAUUUAAAAUGUAGAUAAUCUAUUCACCAAUUAAUAUUCUUCCCUAUAGAAAU